UAUGUUUAGUUUUUGCAAAGAACGCUUGCUAUUGUUUAACCUUAAUUGUAAGGAGUGUUUUGACAGCAGUAGACCCACACGUUUCUGACCGUCCUUGAAUGCAGCAGAGGCUGGAGCAUUUACGCACUCAUGACUCAGAGACCAGACCAUCAUCCAUGCAGCAGAUGCCUGUGAUACUCAGGACUCACAGAGCUUUGGGAGAAGGUUUGUGCAAGCCUGAACUGAAACCUGAACUGGUCCCAGACUUGGAAGCCGUCAGAAGGAAAUCUGUAUUUGAAAGGAUCGGAUCUAUCAUGACUGCAAGGAUCCAGGGAGCGACGGGCCAGGACAAACCAGUGCCAAAGAGCCGAGCAACAGAGAUGAUGGUGAGGGUCAGGAGAUCUCUGUGGCUGAUACUGGGCAUGCUCAGUCUGUCCCUGCUGUUAGUGGUGCUGGGAGUCUACUCAACGACCCGAACAGAGAGCCUGAAUGUGACUGGCUACAUCUCUGGAGUUAUCCUGACCCUUGGAUUGUUCCUGGGACUUCUGGGACUCCACCUGGAAGAAAACCGCAAACAGCUGCUGACGGCUGCGAUCGUAUUCCUCAGCUUUGGGAUCAUCGCCUCUUUUGCGUGCCUUGUGAUUGAUGCCGUCUGUGUUGUCUUAAACAUGGACAUACGUCCACUGAAAGCAGGGAGAUGCCAGUAUUACAGCAGUGGCAGUGGCUACAUCUAUGAGAAUUUCUACACCUCUGUGUCGUGUUGGAAUCUAAAUGAGUCUUGUAACAUGACAGUACGAAGUGGGACCUGCUACUGCUGCGACCUGUACGACUGUGCCAAUGGAGGCUACCUCAGCAACUACUAUGAGUUUGUUGGAGUACGAAGCUGUGAGGAAGUUUUCACUCUGUACAUUUUAAUUUGGACCCUCACCGGCCUGAACCUCGUGGCCUUCUUCACAGGCAUCCUCACCACAGCAGUCCUGGGCAGCAUCAAGGACUUGAGGAGCAGGAGCCCUCCUGAGCCCUCUGAGAGCACAGCGUCUUCUCCUACAGCUCCUCUGCUGAUGGACGCCAACACUCACACAGUUGGCCAGCUCCACCCAGGGGCCUCGAUGUAUUUCCCUCCAGCUGAAGGUACAGCUGCCUCACAGAGUUUUCCUUCAUCAAUGACUCCUCACACGGAGUCCAACCCUCCUCCCUUCGCCCCACUGACCAGCCUGCUGCCUUACAGAAUCCACAACCUCUCCGCCUGAGCACGGCCAGCAGGGUUUAACCAGAAAACAACCAAAAAACACAUACAGAAAGAGCAGAAAGCAAUAAACAGCUUUAUUUUUUUUAUUAGUAUUGAUGUUGUAAGGAAAGGAAAAAGUACGUCAUGCAGAAAUUUAAAGAUUUUGUUGUGCCUCCUGCUACUUUAAAUUUUCAUUUUGCUCAAAAACAUAAAGGUCUUCAAUAUAAUAUGUAAUAUAAAUGUGUCAACGCAUGUGUAUAAGAAGCUACGAUUCAGGUUUUCAUGAACAUCAGUGAAACCAUACACAAUAGUUAAACUUCAUGAAAAGGUAUCGUCUAAAAUGGCGUGACGUUCUCACACAGCCAAACUUAAUCAGACACACGUUUUUGUAAUAAAUAUUAGGCGUGUGUGUGCUUUCGUUGGUAUUGUUGUUGAUUUAUGUCCUAUGAGGCCUUCAAACAUGUGAUUUACAUACAUACAUGCAAUGUUUAUUUUACUAACUGUUUUUUAUACGUUACAAGGGAUUAAUCACUGAACAAAAAUGUAUUAAAUAAAUGAAUUACAAAACA